CCAUAAUCGAACUAGAGAGAGAUUUGGAGCUGCUUGCUCAGAGAAGCGGCUGGCUUCACUUCAGACGUUCAAAAAGCGCGCCUCUUUCGCAGAAUAAAUUGCUAAAUGCGGGAAUGGAUGCCAUGCCAAAACAUGCGUUCUCCGGAGCGAAGUUGGUCUGCGAUGAGAUGAUGGGUCAGGAUUGUCGGGAUGGGGGAGAUUGUAUACAUUUCUGGCGAUUCCGUUCGACACGUUGGGCCAGAAGCCAUGAGCGGCGGCUAAGACUUCCCCUUGUUGACAAUUCUACCCGCCCCGCAUUUCCGGAAUUGGUUCCGCGCGCUUAUCCUCGGUUAAACCGACUGCAGAAGAGCGCGCUAGCUGCUGCAGCCGAAAGCGCAACAACGGCAACAAUUCCGGAUGACGUCAGCAUGAUGCGCCUGAAGAUGCAACAUCGAGGGUUCGUUCGGACUUGCAAGCGAUAG